CACAACACAACAGUCAAACUUCAAGAGAAACUUGAAGCGCCUCCCCACUCUCCUCUGAUUGGAUCAUGUGCGCGUUAUUAGCUCACACGAGUUCAACACCAUGAUGUUUUGAGCAUCAAAUCCUUCAUCACACACUGACGGGACAACUCAGAUCCGUGACUCGUGUAUGGCCCCGGUUGUCGCCAUGUCUUCUGAAGAUGUUAGUUUUAAACCUGGGGAUCAUACUCGCGUAAUUAUAGGACUUAAAGGAGAGACGCAUGCCGGAGUGGGUGUGGAAGACGACGGAGAGAAACCGAAGAUUCUUCCCUUUAGCGUUGAAGCCCUGAUGUCAGACCGGAGACCGAGCAGCUCCAAUGCUGGGACAUCACACCCCCUCGCUCAAGAUUCGGAUCGGUCCACCGUUCGUUUCUCAAUUGACGUUUUGAAAGUGCAAGAAGACGCGCCGCUGAAGGCAGAGAGCUCCGAGUGUGCGGAGCGGAGUGCAUGGAUCCAAAAUCCCCGUUUCUCUCCCAGGCGUCUCAGUCCUCCCGCGUGUCCCCUAAGAAAACAUAAAACCAACAGGAAGCCUCGAACCCCGUUCAGUACGUCGCAGCUGCUGGCGCUGGAGCGAAAGUUCCGUCAGAAACAGUACCUGUCCAUCGCUGAACGGGCCGAGUUCUCCAGCUCACUGAAUCUAACAGAAACUCAGGUGAAGAUCUGGUUCCAGAACAGACGAGCCAAAGCCAAGAGGCUCCAAGAGGCCGAACUCGAGAAACUGAAGAUGGCCACCAAGCCGAUGCUUCCUCCGGCCUUCGGCAUUUCGUUUCCACUGGGCGCUCAGGUGUCCGCCUACAGCGGAUCACAUCAGCUCCACAGGCACUCGAUGACUCCAAUGGGACUGUACACGCACAUGGGAUAUAGCAUGUAUCAUUUAGCUUAAGACACCUUGUUUCUCAGACUGAUCAGACAUGUUUGUUUUGGUUGCAGCUCUUAGCAAUUCCCUUCAGAUAAAAUUGGAGCUGAUUCAAUCAAA